AUGAAAGUGAAACUUCUCAUUCGAACAUACCAUAUGAAGAACCUGGAUCAAAUAAUGUUAAAUCGAUAAUAUUAGAACAACCUGUGGAAACGGAUAGAGAAAGUGAAAAAGGCAAACAAAUCAAUGAUAAUUUGACAUUUUGUGCUUUAUCGAUACUGAAGAUUUUUGUGGGACCACAUUAG